UGAGGAAUUAAACUCAACAAAGACAAGUUUGCAAAAAAAAGAGGAAGAGUUAGUGAGUUCUAAGGGUGAGGCAACUCAAUUGCAAAAUCAAGCUAAACUUAUUCAAGAAAAAGAGGAUUUGAGUAAUCAGGCAAAAAAGGAAAAGGAGAGUUUGAGUGAACAAUUUAAAAAAGAGAGAAGAAGUAAACAACUUUUAAUUGAAACACUAGAAGAUCUUCGUGGUCAAAAAUUAAAAGAAACUAUUGAGGAAAAUCUGGCUGAGAAGAAAAGAGAACUGGAAAAAUUAGAAACCGCGAUUGUUGAAAAAUUAGGAAGUAAUCAAAAAUCUCUUCUAGAAAACUUUUUAGAAAAACAAGAAGAUUUUGAUACGGCACUUUUUGAUGAUGUUAGCCAAACCAGCCGAAGUUUCCUACGAGCCAAAGAAAAAUUGCAAGAUGCUAGAGUCAAGUUAGUCGCUAAGGUUGAUUCUGAGGAAGUGGAAGAACUUUGUAAAAUACAAAGCGAAAUAGGUAAAUUAGAGGCUAGCCAAAAACAGUGGGAGAAAAUGGAAGACCAACAAAGAAAAGAAGAGCAAGAGCAGUAUGAAUCAUAUACUGAAACUCCCCCCACUCCGCCAAAAAACAAUUAA